AUGGUCCUUCUCACAUCCUCCACCGUGUCCGUCAUCGUAUCCACAAGCGUGGUUGCCCUGUUUACUAUUGUCCUCUUCCUAUCCGGCUACGUCUUACAACAACAGUCCGUCCGAAACAUCCAACAUGCACUGCGACCUCAGCACCAUGACCCCAUCGCAGGGCACGGAUCUUCAGGAUCGUCACACCAGAAAAGAGAUCAAACUCUCCUCUCUGAGAUAGUCCCCGAUACGCAAUCACCCACAUCCCAGACAGAAGGGAACUACGCAUAUCUCCAACUCCUCUCCACCCCAAACCCGUCCGACAUCUGCUCAGCGAUUCUCUUCUUCAAACAGCUCUCCACCAACGGCACCGCCAUCCAAGACCGCCUCUUCAUGUACCCGCAAGAAUGGGAUCUGGUGCCGUCGGAGAAGCUCGCGGAACCCGUUGCCACGGCGCUCGCCUACCUCCGCGCCGCAAGCCUCAAGUACGGCAUCUGGCUCCUGCCCAUCGACAUGACGGCCGCCACCUCCGCCGGCUACGCUCCCACCGACACCAAGCUCCUCCGUCUCGGCCAGAUCCAGUUCAUGCAGUACGACAGCGUGCUGUAUGUGCGCGCCCCCGGGCUCCUGCUGGACACGGGCAAGCUGGACCAGGUGCUUCUCUCCCGUCCGCUGCCAGGGAGACACGACAAGACCAGACCGGAGUCGUUCAAUAACGAGGCGUGGAUCCCCAUGCCACUGAAGCCGGCGCGAGAUGCGGACCUCCCGCCUGUCUAUCUGAUUACCGUUAAUAAUGUGGAACAUGGCCAUAUCGAAGCGCGCGGUCAUAUACCCAAUGUCGCGGUCCCUGGCUUUGGGGGGCUUGUGACCGGGCCGUGGGGAGUUCCCUCGUCGGAAGCGGGCGAUGGGUCCACGGAGCUGCCAGGUUAUGUGUAUUUUGAGCGUGAUGAGGAGGGCCAUGUUCGGUGGGCGGAUAAUCCACUGUUCGGCUCCUGGAGAGCUCAGCAGUAUGAAGUAUGCGAAGGCCUGGACUUGGAUUAUGUGACGUAUAAUGAUGUGUAG